AUGGACAAGAAAAGAAGUUUAGUUAAAAAGCCGGAUAGAGGAAGUUUUCCAUUAGAUCAUAACAAUGAGUGCACAUCAAUCAAAAAUAGAUAUUUAAAAUGUUUGAAAGAAAAUAAUAAUGAUCAUGUUAGUUGUAGAGAAUAUUCUAAGCAGUAUUUCAUAUGUAGAAUGGAUAAUAAUUUAUUAGAAAAACAAAGUUUAAAUAAUUUAGGUUUUUUUGAAAAUGAAAUAAAUCAUGAAAGUAGAAUAAAAUACUUCAAAGAUGUAUAUAGUUACAACACAUACAAUGAAAAAAUGGAACAAAUAUCCAGGAACAGAUCAAAUAACAAGAAUAACACACCUGUUAUUGAAACAUUUACACUAGAAAAAAUUAAACAAGGGAAUAACAAAAAAUUGAUGGAUACAAAACAGAUAAAAAAGGAAGAAUUUUUGCUUUUAAAUAUAAAUAAUAAAAAAGAAAUAGAAGAAAAUUUAAAUUCAGAUAAUAUUGAAAGAAUUGAAGAAAAAAAAAUAGCAAUAAAAAGAAAGGAGGCAUACGGUUAUUUAGCAGGAAAAGAAUAUAUAAAAACAUUAUCACAAAAAAAAAAGACUUCUUUUUUAAAUAAUUUAUUUAAAAAUAAUAAUAAUAAUAAAUGA